AAGACCCCACAGUGAUAAUUGGAACAGUUGACAGGCAAUUGCUAAUGCAAAAAAUUACACUAGGUACUCUUUGCAAAAAUAGUUAUGAAAAAUUCAAAAAUCAUCCAUUUCAUGGAAUGUACAUGUUUUUAACGCCAACAUUAAUGGUGAAUGACCCGGAGCUCAUUAAACUCAUUCUAGUUAAGGAUUUUCCACAUUUUGUCGAUCGCGGAAUAUACAGUAACGAAAAAGCCGAUCCAUUAACUUGCAAUUUAUUUCAAAUAUAUGGUGAAAAAUGGAAAACAAUAAGAACAAAAUGUAGUGUUUUUUUUACAUCGAGCAAACUUAAAAAUAUAUUUCCCAUUUUAUCGGAAAUUGCCGAUGAAGCAAUAAAAGUUUCUAAUGAAACUCUAGAGAAUACAGACGUAAUGGAAAUAAAGGAUUUGAUGGAAAGAUACUUUGUCGAUACAAUUUUCAGUAUUGCUUUUGGAGCCAAAGCGGGCACCAUUAGAGAUCCGCAGAAUAUAUUUCGUUACUACGGAAAUUUAUCACAAAUGAUGCGACCUGUGCAUCUGGCGUUAUCAUUUUACGCUCCACAUCUAAUAGACUUCUUUCGAAUUCCUUUCAUUCAUCCUAAAGCUUCAAAAUUCUUGAUAAGACUAUUUAAAGAUAUGAUUGAAAAACGAAAACGAGAAGAAGAAAAAAGAAAAGAUUUUCUGGACGUUUUGAUCGAUUUGAUACAUAAUGAACAAACCAUAGGAAAAGACAACGAAGAUACAUUUCUUAAGGAUUUAGGAGAAGAUAAAGUUUCCAGAAAACUUACAGUGCUGGAAGCAACGGCACAAGCAUUUGUAUUUUUUAUUGCUGGAUUUGAAACUUCAACUUCGACUGUAAGUUUUGCUCUACACGAACUUGCUGCAAAUCCCGAAAUUCAAGAUAAUUUGCACAAAGAAAUCGAUGAAUUUUUACAAUCAUCCGAAUCUCUUAAUUUUGAAAAUCUGAUGAAUUUGAAGUAUCUCGAUAUGGUGUUUAAUGAAACGCUUCGCAAACAUCCAGUAAUACCUGUUUUAAAUCGAAUUUGCGUAAAGGACUAUCAAAUACCAAAUUGCAAUUACUGCAUACCAAAAGGAAUGAGAAUAAUAAUUCCAGUUUCCGGGAUUCAUCGCGAUUCAAAAUAUUAUCCUGAUCCAGAGAAAUUUGAUCCAACAAGAUUUAAUAAAGAAAAUAGCGCGCCCAGACAUCCUGGAACCUAUUAUUUACCUUUUGGUAUUGGUCCAAGAUAUUGUAUUGGUAAACGUCUCGGAGUUUUUCAAAGUAAACUGAUUUUAUUUGUUUUAUUGACAAACUACAAAUUUUUCACGUGUGAAAAAACUCAACCGUUAAGUUAUAAAAUAAAUCAUUUUUUACAAACACCCAAAUCUGAGUGGAAGAUUAUAAAGGCAAAAUGUAGCGUUCUUUUUACAUCGAGCAAACUUAAACAAUUAUUUCCUAUUUUAACGGACAUCGCUGAUGAAGCAAUCAAUGUUUCCAAUGAAAAUCUUGCCAAUUCCGACAUAUUAGAGCUGAAGGAUUUUUUGGCCAGAAUAUUCACCGAUAUGAUCUCCAGUAUUAUUUUUGGAAUAAAUUCCCACAGCGUGAGGGAUCCAAAUAAUAUAUUUCGUCAAUAUGGCAAAUUAAUAAUAAAAGCUCAGCCUUUAAUUUUAACAUUGGCAAGUUUUACGCCGAAUAUUUUGGAUAUUUUACACAUUCCCUUCAUCGAUCCUAAAGCUUCUAAAUUCCUGAAAAAACUGAUUGAAGAUCUGAUUGAGAAGCGACACCUGGAGAAAGAAAAAAGGUCGGAUUUUCUAAAUCGAUUAAUUGAUCUGAUGGAGACUGACCAGGUAGUGGACAAUGAAGACGAGGAAUCUCUUAUAAACGAUAUAGGUGAAAAAAACGCUUCGAGAAAACUUACAGUGAUGGAAGCAACGGCUCAGGCAUUUGUAUUUUUCCUUGCCGGAUUCCAAAAUACAUCGUCGACUGUUAGUUUCAGUCUUUAUGAACUCGCUGUAAAUCCUGAUAUACAGGAAAAUUUAUACAAUGAAAUUGAUGAAUUUUUGCAAUCAUCCGAGACAUUUAAUUUCGAUAAUUUAAUGAAAUUGAAAUACCUCGAUAUGGUGCUGAAUGAAACUCUGCGAAAACACGCGUUAUUAUCUAUCUUGAAUAGAAUUUGCGUAAAGGACUAUCAAAUACCAAAUUCCAAUUACUGCAUACCCAAAGGAAUGAGAAUAAUAAUUCCAGUUUCCGGGAUUCAUCACGAUCCAAAUUAUUAUCCUGAUCCGGAGAAAUUCGAUCCAACAAGAUUUUCGAAAGAAAAUAGUGCGGAUAGGCAUCCCGCGACUUAUUUAUCAUUUGGUAUUGGUCCAAGAUAUUGCUUUGGUAAACGACUUGGACUCUUUCAAGCAAAACUUAUUUUAGUCAUUUUCUUAUCUCAUUAUAAAUUUUCAUUGUCUGACAAAAUGUCAACGCCUCUGAGAUAUUCAUUAAAUACUUUCGUCCAGACGCCUAACGGCGAGGUUUAUUUACGAAUACAAAAGCGAAACGGAAUUAAUCAUUCGUAGAUUAAGAUUUAAUUUGUUUGGAAUAUUAUAUGAUAAUGAAAUUUUACACAGCAAUGUGAUAUGCAAUAUAGUUGUUUAU